UACGCGGGUAUGAAUAAAUAGUUCUUACCAAUUAAGUCAUGGCAUUAUUUUGAGGCUAGGCUAGGUUCACAAAAAUCCCCAGCCCUUCCUCUCUAGAAACAAAAAGAGAAUAUUGCUUGUUUAAAAAAAAAUAGCCAUGAAAAAAUUGAUCAGUAUUUGAAACCCACACUACUGGGUCUAACUGAAUGCUAAAAAUAGAUGACAGUUUCAUGCUGGGUUUUACAGGACCUAUAGGAACUCCCAUGCCCUGAAGAAAAGGAGGAAGAGAAAAUUGUAAAAAAUUAUACAAAGUUAUUUUUUUCUUGGUUGCAUUUUUUUUUUCUGGGUAGGGGCUUCCUGAGUGAUUUCCAUUUGGAGGAGCUCUACUGGAAUUGGUGUAUAAUAUUUUUCUGAAGAAAGGAAUUGGGAACAAUGAAUCAUUCUGCCAUGGAAAUUGGCUCUUGUGACACCCAUGAAGAGAGAAAGCUCUAUGUUAUUGAUUCCUUAAAUGACUUAAAUAAGGUGAACCUCUCUCCUACUGGAUCCCAGCAUGUAAUCGAUCAAGAAAAGAAGUUCCUCGGAGGUGCUGUUAACAUAGGGAAUGGAGCCAGAAACCGAAGCUUAUUCUUUGUUGGGUUGAUCAUAGCCUUGUUCGUCAGCUUGACCCUGGUUUCUUUUGUGAUAUUCUUACUAAUUCAAACUGGAAGCAAGAUGGAUGAAGUGGCGAGAAGAUUAACAGCUGAAGGAAAGGAUAUCGAUGAGCUCAAGAAAAUAAACAGCAUGAUAUUAAAUCGUCUCAACCAAUUGGAUGCUAUUGAAAACUAAAGAAAUGAUCUGUAAACCAUUAAUUGUGAAAAUCUGGAGAGUAUUCUUAACUUUACCAAGAAUCUUAGAGGUUAGCUUUUCAGGUGGUUACUAUAAGAGGGUAACAUAUUAUCUAAGCAAUGAAAAAGGGUUGUUGACCUUAGUUUGGUUGUAUCCAAGAGAAAUAGUUCUGGAAUUGGCAAUUUCUUAGGACUCGGUGAUACAGUUGUUAAUUCUCUGUGGAGUUAGAAGGUAUGUGAGAGAAUGUCUGGAGAACGCACUGGAUUCAUAGUCAGAAGACUUUUGCUCUAUUUCUGGCAGUGCUGUCUUAUAACCUUUCUGGACAUCAACUUCAUAGGUCCAUAGUAUAGAUUUAGAGCUGGAAGGAACCUCAAUAUAUCUAUUCCAACCCUCUAACUUUUCAAAGGAGAAAAAUAAAACCCAGGGAGGUUCAGUGACUUAUCCAGGGUUACACGAGUAGGAAGCAUCAGGGUUUUAAUUCAGGUCCUUUCACUAUAGGACCGUUGCUCUUUCCACUGUACUACAAAGCCUUUUCUUAAAUCUAAAAUAAGAACGUUGGAUUGAAUGAGUUCUAAGGUUUCUUUCAACACUGACAUGUUUUAUAUUCUAUGUUAAGGUGUUGGUUUGAAUGACAUUAAAACCUCACAAAGAGGUUUCAAGCACAACCUUUAAGAAUGUUUUUCUAGACAUAAUCAUCUAUGUGUCACAAAUUUAUAAUGCUUUGCAAAUAUUUCCUGAGAAGAUCUGAGGAAUUACUCCUUACUAUUAUUGCUUUUAAAGAUAAGCAAAGGCAAUGUCUUUUAUUUAAAAAUUUUUUUCUAAUAGAUAUUGUACUUUUGUUAUUUUCUUUCCUUUCUAGUCUUUAGACACCUUAAUUCCUUCCAUCUAUCCUACUAUUCACUGACACUGGCCUCCUUUCUGUUCCUCACACUCAAUACCCCAUUAUAUAGUUUUAGGCAUUUUCACUGGCUUACCUCUAUGCCUUGAACUCUCUGACUCGUGGCAUCCCUAACUUCCUUAAAAACUCAGCUAAAGUUCUAUUUUUUACAAGCCUUUCCCAAUGAUCUCCCUCUUUGCCUUCUGUCUUAGAAUAGACAUUAAGUAUCAGGUCCAAGGCAGAAGAGCAGUAAAGGCUAGGCAAUUGAGGUUAAGAGACUUGCCCAGAGUUACACAGCUAGGA